AUGGAGGGCGACUCUAAUGACGAGCGUCACCCGAGCCAAAGGCCCACUGAGACGUUCAACCUGGAUGUGCUGGUGACACUGCUGCGUCAGGAAAACGCAGCAGAUAUCUGCGUGAUAAAAGUACCCGAGCACAUCAAAUACACAGAGUACUUCAUAGUUGUCAGCGGCGUAUCACCGAGACACCUACGCGCAAUGGCGCUUUAUGCUGUCAAAGUAUACAAAAUUCUGAGGAAAGAUCAGGAUGCUCAUGUUAAGAUUGAAGGAAAGGAUGCAGAAGACUGGAUGUGUAUUGACUUUGGCAAUAUAGUUGUUCACUUCAUGCUUCCAGAGAAAAGAGAAGUGUAUGAAUUGGAGAAACUGUGGACCCUGCGCUCCUAUGAUGAGCAGCUUAGCAGAAUGCCUGAUGAAAAACUACCAGAAGACUUCAUAUAUGACCUAGAAAACAUGAAAUGA